AUGGUCAACUUCAUCCCCCUCGCCGUCCUUGCCAUGGCCAGCGUUGCCGUCGCCGCGCCGCCUCCCCCCAACGGCAGCGUGUGGUGGCACACUUGCGGAAACUGCAAGUGUGGCCACUCGGGAGCCUAUGAAAACUUCAAAGGCGACACGGGCUGCCUGCGGUUCGACCCCAACCAGGACAUUAGAGCCGCUGGCCUCACGCGCCACGGACGCCUUCAAACGACUUGCAGUCUCUUUACAAGCGACAAUUGCUCUGGAAAGGUUGCCCAGAGCAUCGGAGUCGCAGGCGGUACAUAUGCCUGCACUGCCUUUAACCAGAAUACGAAGAGCAUUCGAUGCUACUACGACGUCUGA